AUGGCACAAGAUGCUAGGAGCGUGGAAACUCCCGAAGUUGAUCAAGAGCGUGUUCAUAAAGCUCUAGCGAGAAUGAUAAUAAUAGACGAACAUCCAUUCUCUUUUGUUGAACAUAGUGCUUUUGUAGAGUUUAUGGAAAGCUUAGCCGGUCCUGGUUUUCAAAUUCCAUCUGCUGAAGUGAUUUCUAGGGAUUGUGCUCAACUUUUCAAGGAUGAGAAUUAUGAAGGAGAGGAGAUCGGAAGGGCAGUUGAAAAGUGUUUACAUGAUUGGGAAAUCAAUGACGUUAUGACCAUCUCUGCAGGUAACGCAAAUUUAGAUAUUGACGCUGCUCUUACUUACUAUUUGAGAGGAAAAUUACCGAAUUCUGUGUUGGAUGGUAAGUUUCUACGCCUUGGAUGCAUUGUUGAUUUUAUCAAUACGUUGGUAAAAGAUUUGUUAAAUGAACACGAUGAGUUGAUUGAACGUGUGCGUGGUGCUGUAGGCUUUGUGGGACUAUCAGAGGAUAGGAUCAAAAUGUUCAAAGAGCCUGAGUUUAAGAAUGACACUGAAGACGUUGGCGGCGUUCUGGUUCUUGAUGAUUGGCAAACUGUAAGGAAGCUGCUAACUUUCUUGAAUUCAUUUCACGAGUUAUAUGAACAUAUAUACGGCUUAAAUGUGACAUCUAAUGACUUUUUUGUUCAAAUUACCACUAUUGACUGCCUACUGCAUGAAUGGGAAAAAAGUGAUGAUACUGGGACUAGAAUUAUAGCGCUUAAAAUGAGAGAGAGUUUUACCAAGUAUUGGGGAAAUUACGAGGAUAUAAAUAUGUUAGUAUAUGUUGCAGAUGUACUUGAUCCUCGUCAUAAAUUGGCAUAUAUAAAACAUUAUUUUCAACAAAAAAGUAAUGGAGGUGAUGAAGAUAGCCCAACUGGAGAUUGUUUGUUGAAAAAGAUGGUGGAAUCAGUACAUUCUACGACAUUUGAUUUGUUCAACGAAUACAAAGGUAUGGUUGGAACCCAGACUGAGACCCUUAAAAGUAAUGAUUACAUGAUAAGGAACUCAGUCGUGAGAGGGUUUCAAGAAUGGGUAAAGACUUGUAAUCCGGGGAAAGGAGAUAAAGUUGAAAGCGAGUCAGAGUUGGAAAAGUACCUUGAUGAGUAUCAUCAGAGGAUGGUUGAUGGGUUUGACAUAUUACUUUCGUGGAAGAUUAGUACCAGAUUUCGUAUUCUCACUAAAAUGGCUAAGGAUGUUUUGGCCAUUCCAAUGUCAGCUGUUGCACCCGAGUCAGCUUUUACCAUCGGUGGUAAGUUCUUAGAUGAUUUUAGAAGUUCUUUGUCGCCUGAAAUAGUUGAAGCCUUGGUCUGCGCUCAAGAUUGGAUACGUAAGUCAAGAAAGCCCCUUGAAUCGGAAGAAGAUCUGCUGAAACUUGACGACUAUUUGAUAGAUAUUGAUGCAACGGAGGAUAGUUCGGGUGAAAGUGAAAUGGAAGAUAGUUCAAGUGGAAGUGAAGUUGUGGAUGAUGUGUAUGCAGAAAUCAUGGGGGACUCGGUUCGGGAAUUUGAUGUGUGUGACCUGAGAAAGGGAAACUUAGGUGGGUCGUUGGGAAAUACUCUUCCGGAAAUUCCACCAGGGUUCAUAUUGACGCCGGUAUUCUUGGUUAAAGAAAGAUAUGGAAACAAAAACGGGACAUAUACUGCUCUAGUUCAUGUUACAUACCAUGAUAUGAUAUCAAUAAAUUUGAGUGAGCAAGUCAUGAAGAUACUAAGGCCGGUGCUUAUAGACGUCUUCCGCGAGCGUCCUUGGCUUCGAAAACACGGACGGUUUAUUGACAUUGGUUAUCCUGGCGUCUGCGUCUUCCUUAAUUUUCUUCCACAAGAAGUUGAUGGACGCCGAGAGUGA